UUAUUUUUUUUUGUUUUCAUUGUCUUCUAUUUCUCUCUCUACUAUGCAGUGUUCUUUCAUCUCUGAAGAAAGAGAUUGAUCUGUUUCUCUCUCUAACAGUUCAAGAGACAAACAUCUCUGCCUGAAGAAGCAGAGAAGAGCCAAGUAGUCCAUAAAAACUCUCAGAUUGCAAGAGACCCGGUUGAUAACGACAAUCCUUCGAAUCACAGCGACUCAUUUGGAGAGAGAGAGAGGGGCAAAAGUGUUUCACUUUCUCUCUCAAUAUUUAUAUACCCACAUACUUGAAAUGCGGGGAAGCCUGCGAUUUUUCUGGGUAGUGGAGCCGAUCGGAAAAUCGCCGGUGAUUUGAUGGAAUCGAUGUUGGUUUUGUUGAACACAUUGCUUGAUGGAGUUGAAGAUUCGGUGUAGUCGAUGCGUUGUGUCUUCGAAACCUAGGUUGUUUCGGACCAAGCUUCGAUUCGCCGUUGUUGUUUUUGAGAUUGUAUUGAUAUUGCUAUGGUUGGAAGCUACUUGUGCAAAAUCCCAAGAACACCAAUUGUGGCAAGGAACAGAAAAGGGUGAUGAAAACAUUAUAUCCCAUUCCUGCAUUCAUGAUGAAAUACUUGAACAAAGGAGGCGGCCAGGUCGCAAGGUGUAUUCUGUUACUCCACAGGUUUAUGAGGGGUCUGGUAUCUCAAAAACCCUUCACCGCAAGGGGAGGGCAUUACUUGGAAUUUCCAAAUCUCUGGAGCAACAAAAUGAUGUAAAGCAACCUAUUAGAAUUUAUUUAAAUUAUGAUGCUGUCGGCCACUCAACUGAUAGAGAUUGUCGAAAUGUUGGUGGCAUCGUCAAGCUAGGGGAGCCUCCUCUAAAUUCCAAUCGUGGUGUGCCGUCUUGCAAUCCUCAUGGUGAUCCUCCAAUUUUUGGUGACUGCUGGUAUAAUUGCACUUCAGAUGAUAUAUCUCGGGAUGACAAAAGGCAUCGCCUUCGAAAGGCUCUAGGGCAGACAGCAGACUGGUUCAAAAGAGCCUUGGCUGUUGAGCCUGUGAAAGGGAAUUUGCGGUUGAGCGGAUAUUCUGCAUGUGGACAAGAUGGAGGCGUACAACUUCCACGGGAAUAUGUAGAAGAUGGUGUUGUUGGUGCGGACUUAGUUCUUUUGGUAACUACUAGACCUACAACAGGCAACACCCUAGCAUGGGCAGUGGCAUGUGAACGGGAUCAAUGGGGUCGUGCAGUUGCUGGACAUGUGAAUGUUGCCCCUCGCCACUUGACUGCCGAAGCAGAAACCUUACUUUCAGCUACGCUCAUACAUGAGGUCAUGCAUGUUCUUGGAUUUGAUCCUCAUGCCUUUGCACAUUUUCGGGAUGAGAGGAAAAGAAGACGUAACCAGGUUACUGAACAAGUCAUGGAUGAUAAACUUGGACGGAUGGUUACACGUGUUGUGCUCCCUCGUGUUAUUAUGCAUUCACGCUAUCAUUAUGGGGCAUUCUCCGAGAAUUUCACUGGUUUAGAGCUAGAAGAUGGGGGUGGGCGUGGUACAUCAGGAUCCCACUGGGAGAAAAGGCUUCUGAUGAACGAGAUCAUGACGGGCUCAGUGGAUACGAGAUCAGUAGUUUCAAAAAUGACACUGGCCUUAUUAGAGGAUAGUGGCUGGUACCAGGCUAAUUAUAGCAUGGCUGACCGUCUUGACUGGGGCCGUGACCAAGGAACUGAAUUUGUUACUGCCCCUUGCAAUCUCUGGAAGGGAGCAUACCAUUGCAACACAACACAGUUACCAGGCUGUACAUAUAACAGGGAAGCAGAGGGUUACUGCCCUAUUGUAAGCUAUAGUGGGGACCUUCCUCAGUGGGCCCGUUAUUUUCCACAGGCUAACAAAGGUGGGCAGUCAUCAUUAGCUGACUAUUGCACUUAUUAUGUGGCUUAUUCUGAUGGAUCAUGCACAGACAUGAACAGUGCUCGGGCACCUGACAGAAUGUUGGGUGAGGUGAGAGGACAUAGCUCAAGGUGUAUGGCCUCAUCAUUAGUACGGACUGGGUUUGUAAGGGGUUCCAUGACCCAAGGAAAUGGUUGUUAUCAGCACAGGUGUAUAAAUAAUUCACUGGAGGUUGCUGUUGACGGUGUUUGGAAAGUGUGUCCUGCAGCUGGUGGACCAGUUCAGUUUCCUGGAUUCAAUGGUGAGCUGGUUUGCCCAGCUUAUCACGAACUAUGCAGCACAGACCCCGUCUCUGAAUCUAGGCAAUGUCCUAAUUCAUGUAACUUCAACGGAGACUGCAUUGAUGGAACAUGUAACUGCUUUCUAGGAUUCCAUGGUCCUGAUUGUAGUAAACGCUUCUGCCCUAGCAAUUGUUAUGGGCAUGGCAAGUGCCUUGAAGAUGGUGUCUGUAAAUGUGAAAACGGAUACACCGGCGUCGACUGCUCUACUGCUGUCUGUGAUGAACAAUGUAGCCUGCAUGGAGGGGUCUGUGAUGAUGGAGUAUGUGAGUUCCGCUGCUCGGACUAUGCUGGCUACAUAUGCCAGAACAGCUCGAUGCUUGUCUCCAGUCUUUCAGUUUGCAAAGAUGUGUUAAAGAGUGAUGGACCUGGACAACAUUGUGCACCUAGUGAAUCAAGUAUUCUGCAGCAGUUAGAAGAAGUUGUUGUGAUGCCCAACUAUAACCGGUUGUUCCCAAUUGGUGUUUCUUGGAGGGUUUUCUCUCGCGUUAAGAAUAGCUACUGUGAUGCAACUGCUAAGCGGCUAGCUUGCUGGAUUUCGAUCCAAAAGUGCGACAAAGAUGGUGACAACAGGCUUCGUGUGUGCCAUUCAGCAUGCCAGUCAUACAACUUAGCGUGCGGAGCAUCACUCGACUGCUCAGAUCAAACUCUGUUUAGCAAUGAGGCUGACGGUGAAGGUCAGUGCACAGGCUCUGAUGAGAUUCCAUUGCCAUGGUAUAACCGCUUUUGGGCCAGAUUUUUUUGGUAACAAUUCCUGAAGCGGAAUUUCUGUAAAUUAUAGGCAGCUUCAAUUUUUUUUUUAAUUUCGUUUUUUAGUUUUUCUAGGGUAGGAUAAUGGCACAAAUUGCACGUGCGUUGGAAGGUAGGGUCUUAUUUUCCCGGUCCCAAGUCAUUUAGGGAGGAUUGGGGGUGGGGAAUGUUUACUGAGAUUGGCUUUCACAACUGAGAGUCCAAGAUGUAGAGAAAUUGCAAUUGUAUGGAAAGAGGAAAAAAAAAAAAUAUGAGCAAACAACAAAGAGGUUUGGCCCAAGGCCAUCAAAGAAAUGAAAAGUGCCUCUUAUUAUUGUAUGUCUGCCUCAUAUUAUUGCAUGUCUGUUUGUUAAUGUUUUUGUUUAUCUUGUAAUUUUUUUGUUUUAUUUCCCCUUGAGAUCAUGAAGGCUGCAAUUCUUCUUCUUAGCUGAUGAUUCAGAGGGGUUUUAUAAUUUUGGGUUUUGUUUGGUUUGUGAUUUUGGGCAGGAAUGAAAUGACUAUUCAUUGCCUCA